AAUAAUAUAAACACAGACGCACACCCACACAGCCAUCCCCAUGGCCGAUCUCAAGUUCCACCAGCCCGCCGGAAAGAUGACGCACCUCAGCCGGAAAAUCGUCCGAGUCAAAACGCGGUGGAUGCUAGCCGAAAGAAUCGCCGUUUUCCGGCGAUUUUUAAGGUCCAUUUGGGAUAGAAUCCUCGUGUGCUCGCCUAACAACAACAUCAAUUACAGAAAAUUGAAAAUCACCUUUCCGGAGUCCGUACGAGAAAUCGAACCCAAUACAGAGCCGUCGAGCAGUGGUUAUGAGAGCGACUCAGAUUUAGUGUCGUUGAAGAUCAGUUUACUGGGCGAUUGCCACAUUGGAAAAACCACUUUUCUGCUGAAAUAUGUGGGAGAUGAAAAUGAAAAGAGGAGGUUGCAAAUGAAAGGGCUAAAUGUAAUGGACAAACGAAUGGGUGUUGAAGGUGAGGGCAGGUCAUUUGAUCAAGUUCCAAUAGCGUGUAAAAAUGCUGUAGCAAUCUUUUUCAUGUUUGAUCUUACCAGCAGAUGUACACUCAACAGUAUAAUUGGAUGGUACAAAGAAGCUAGAAAGUGGAAUCAGACGGCAAUUCCGGUAGUAAUAGGGACCAAAUUUGAUGAUUUUGUUCAACUCCCACUGGAUAUCCAAUGGAGUGUUAUCACUCAGGCACGGACAUAUGCAAAGGCGAUGAAGGCAACCUUAUUCUUCUCCAGUGCAAUGCACAACAUAAAUGUAAAUAAAAUCUUUAAGUACAUCAUAGCCAAGCUCUUUAAUUUGCCUUGGACUGUAGACCGAAAUCUUACUAUUGGCGAACCCAUUAUUGACUACUGACUAAUCAAUCUCAUCUUUCG